ACCCACCCCCAGUGGAAGGAGGAAAGAAGGAGGGGAGUUGGAGAGCCGACCGGCCAGCCAGCCAGUGCAGGGAGGUGGGGGCCCCACUCUGGAGGAGCUCUCACACGGAUGCUGUUUGGUGCAGGAUUGGCCUCGCUCUAUCCCCGGCUGCUGCUGUCCAUGCUCUCCCCGGCGCCCCACCAGGAUUAAAGCCCCUCCAACACCUCUCCCCGGAUCUUGCUGCUCCCAUCACCACCAUGUGGCCCCCCCGGAAUGUUCCCCGCGCCAUGGCCGAGCGCAGCCAGACCCGAAUCGGAACCCGGUGAACGGGGACAAUGAGCGGCGACCAGGAGCCAGAUGACAGUUACGCACGUGUGCGAGCUGUGGUUAUGACACGGGAUGACUCGAGUGGUGGAUGGCUGCCACUCGGAGGAGGUGGACUCAGCUGUGUCACCGUGUACAAAGCUCUCCAUCCUGAAGAGAACGGGUGUGCGGAUUUCAUUGUUCAUGGAGAGAGGCUCAGAGACAAAACCGUUGUCUUGGAGUGCGUACUUAAGCGAGAACUUAUCUAUAAUAAAGUCACUCCAACAUUCCACCACUGGAAGAUUGGAGACAAGAAGUUUGGCCUCACUUUCCAGAGUCCUGCAGAUGCUAGAGCAUUUGAUAGGGGUAUACGCCGUGCCAUCGAAGACCUUACUCAAGGGUGCCCAUCAUCCCUCCAUGGAGAAUCGGAUAUUCCUGAAGAUGUGCCCCAGGUGAACAGAGACGAAUUUUACAACUCUCAAAACACGGACACCUUUUUCCAUCAUGAUUCCGUUUCAUUGGAUGAGUUACAUCGCAGCUCCGCCAUCCGACCUUCUCCAUUCGAGAACCUGAAUCCAAGAAGGAACUAUAUGCACAGCCAGGUUCCUCUCAAGCCACCUCGACAUGUCAGCUUUCAGGACGAAGAUGAAAUUGUGCGCAUCAAUCCCCGUGAUAUCAUCAUAAGGCGCUAUGCGGACUACAGGCAUCCAGAGAUAUGGCGGAAUGACCCGGAGCGGGAAGAGCCGGAGAUUGGUGCUCUUGACACAAAAACAGACAGUAAAAAAUGCAACUAUGUUUACUCCCCGGCCAAUGGCAGAGACUCUAUUAAAGAGCAUAAAGGGUCUGGAGUAUUUAUAACACAACCCACAUCUUCCCUGAAGAAGAGGCGGAAAGAGGAUGGGGAGCGUUCCAGGUGUGUAUACUGUCAGGAACGCUUCAAUCACGAAGAGAACGGGAGGGGGAAAUGCCAAGAUGCACCAGACCCUAUUAGGCGUUGCAUCUACCAGGUCAGCUGUAUGCUGUGUGCGGAGAGCAUGCUCUACCACUGCAUGUCGGACUCUGAAGGAGACUUCUCAGACCCCUGCUCUUGUGACGCCUCCGAUGAAAACUUGUGCCUCCGUUGGCUGGCUCUAAUCACGUUAUCCUUGAUUGCUCCCUGUAUGUGCUGCUACCUCCCCCUGCGUGCCUGUCAUCAUUGUGGGGAGAUGUGCGGCUGCUGUGGGGGGAAGCACAAAGCAGCUGGAUGACGUAACAAAACUGUAACUCCGUGAAUAACCUUUUAUUUGCCAGGUGGCUGCUGAUUGGGAAUGGACAGUUUUCAGUGAUGCUGAGUGGUUUACAAGAGUACAUGGGACUUUACUGAAGUUGUCUGGAUUGGAAAAGGACCAGCGUGGUGAACAUGUAACAGUGCCAGUCUUGUGUAUAUAAAUAAAUAUAUAUAU